AUGUCGCAACAACCUUUUCAAACUACAUGGCAGGGAGCAACUAUGGAACUAUCAACAACAAGAGAAUCAGAGCAUCAAUCCUCGGAUACAUUGAUGCGUUCAAACCAGCAUUUAUUAUAUCAAAAUUUUCUGACUAACUCGCAAAGCGAAUUGCAAGCAGAACAACUGCCUCAACAAUACCAAUCAUCACCCAACCUUUCACAAUCACCUGCUGAUGAACCGGCGUACACAGACGAUUCCAAUCUGGCUAUAAACAACCAGUUACAGCAGUGGUUGUCGCAGUACCCGUAUUCGAGACAGCGUGAAGUACAAACAUCAAACAAAUCUUUUAAGCCGCCGAUGCAGUUUGAACAUCAAUCGGACCGACAAAACUCGGUUCAAAACAUGCUUGGAGUUUUUCCAAUUGAGCAAUCAGAAUUGGAGUAUGUCCAAUCACAG